ACCAUCGAUGAAGUGGAGACAGAUGUGGUGGAGAUAGAGGCAAAGCUUGACAAGCUGGUGAAGCUAUGCAGUGGGAUGAUUGAAGCAGGCAAAGCCUACAUCACCACCAACAAGCACUUUGUCAGCGGGGUCCGGGACUUGUCGCAGCAGUGCAAGAAGGAUGAAAUGAUUUCGGAGUGCCUCGACAAAUUUGGAGACAGCCUGCAGGAGAUGAUUAACUAUCACAUGAUCCUGUUUGACCAGGCUCAGAGGUCGGUCCGGCAGCAGCUGCACAAUUUUGUGAAAGAUGACGUCCGGAAGUUCAAGGAAACCAAGAAGCAGUUUGACAAGGUGCGAGAGGACAUGGAGAUUUCGCUGGUGAAGAAUGCCCAGGCACCUCGGCACAAGCCUCAUGAAGUAGAGGAGGCAACAGGCACCUUGACCAUAACCAGAAAGUGUUUCCGGCAUCUGGCCCUAGACUACGUGUUGCAGAUCAACGUCCUGCAGGCCAAGAAGAAGUUUGAAAUACUGGAUGCGAUGCUGUCCUUCAUGCAUGCCCAGUACACCUUUUUCCAGCAGGGCUACAGUCUUCUCCAUGAACUGGAUCCCUACAUGAAGAAACUAGCCACAGAGCUGGACCAGCUGGUGAUUGAUUCUGCAGUGGAAAAGAGGGAGAUGGAGCACAAGCAUGCAUUGAUACAACAGAGGACCCUCCUGCAGGACUUCUCCUAUGAUGACUCGAAGGUGGAGUUUAAUGUCGAUGCCCCAAAUGGAGUGGUGAUGGAAGGCUACCUCUUCAAGAGAGCUAGCAAUGCUUUCAAAACAUGGAAUCGGAGGUGGUUCUCCAUACAGAACAGUCAGCUGGUCUACCAGAAGAAGCUAAAGGAUGUCCUCACGGUAGUGGUGGAAGACCUGCGGCUCUGUACGGUCAAGCCGUGUGAAGACAUAGAGAGGAGGUUUUGCUUUGAGGUCGUCUCACCUACCAAGAGCUGCAUGCUGCAGGCUGACUCGGAGAAGCUGCGUCAGGCCUGGAUUCAGGCUGUUCAAGCUAGCAUCGCUUCUGCGUACCGAGAGAGCCCUGACAGCUACUACAUUGAAAGGCUGGACCGCACUGCUUCCCCAUCAACGAGCAGCAUUGAUUCUGCUACCGACUCGCGGGAGCGCAGUGUGAAAGGAGAGACCAUCUUGCAGAGAGUGCAGAGCAUCCCUGGGAAUGACCAGUGCUGUGACUGCGGUCAGCCAGAUCCUCGCUGGGCCAGUAUCAACCUGGGCAUUCUGCUGUGCAUUGAGUGCUCCGGUAUCCACAGGAGUCUGGGUGUUCACUGCUCCAAGGUCCGAUCUCUCACACUGGACUCCUGGGAGCCAGAGUUACUGAAACUGAUGUGCGAGCUGGGAAACAGUACCAUGAAUCAGAUUUAUGAGGCACAGUGUGAAGAGCUGGGACUUAAGAAACCAACAGCAGGGAGCUCCAGGCAGGACAAGGAAGCCUGGAUCAAGGUGAAGUAUGUGGAGAAGAAAUUCCUGAAGAAGCUGCCAAAUGGGGAGACACUAACGGAGAACGAGCGGAAACCUCGACGCUGGUGCGUGAAGAAGUGCCAGAGACACAACAGCACCACGAAGGCACCCACGGCUCGUAGAAAGUACCGCCACGAAGCAGGGAACGCCUCACCAGCCAUGCUGUCCUCAGCAGCUACCCUGGAGAGGAAGUUCCGACGAGAUUCCCUCUUCUGCCCUGACGAGCUGGACUCUCUCUUCUCCUACUUUGACACUGGUGCUGGCUCCGGCCCACGCAGUGCCAGCCACAUCUCUAUGCAGCAUCCGCUAACAGGUGGCCCAUGGAGUGGCAGUGGCAUUGGUCCCGGUGGGAGCGGUACGCCGUUCCUCCUGGACGGAGGUCUGAGCAGCGACAGCGGACUUGGAGGAAGCACCGACGGCAGCACUGACAUCCUGGUGUUUGGCUCUGUGGUGGACAGCGUGACAGAGGAAGAGUGCGAGGUGUCAGAGGAGUCAAGCGGUGAAGCAGAGAUUGAACAGGAAGCAUCAGAUUUGGAAGACCUGAGGGAGCUGCAUCCUGGCUUGUUGAUCUACAAGGCAGCACAAGCCCGAAACCUGCCUCUCAUGGCAGAAGCGCUCGCACACGGUGCUGAGAUCAACUGGGUGAAUGACGAAGAUGAGAACAAAACUCCUCUGAUUCAAGCUGUGUUGGGGGUACGUUGGCUCCUUGAUAGUUUUUUGCUGCAGAACGGGGCAGAUGUUAACCAAAGAGAUAUCCGAGGCCGAGCUCCCUUGCACCAUGCCACGUACCUGGGGCACACUGGUCAAGUCUGCUUAUUCCUCAAGCGAGGGGCAAAUCAGCACGCGGUGGAUGGCGACGGGCAGGACCCGCUCAGUAUCGCUGUCCAGGCAGCCAACGCAGACAUAGUCACCUUGCUGCGUCUGGCUCGAAUGAAUGAGGAGAUGCGAGAAGCAGAGGGUCCCUUUGGACAACCAGGUCAAUAUCCCAGCAACAGCCCUACUGAGCUGCAGUACAGGAAGUGUAUACAGGAGUUCAUCAGCCUUAAUAUAGAUGAGUGUUAG